AUAGUUGAGAAUGCAAGUUUCUCAGAACACACGGUAACUUAAACCAAAUCGUGUGAUCAAUAUUUUAAUUAAUGCAACUGCGUCAUGAUUAAUCAAAUCCAUUUAUUUAUCACUCUGCAAUGCAUAUUGUUUAUAAGCGUUCAAAAUGUGGCUUUUAAAAUACCUAACGUUAAAUUGGAAAUGCUCAGCGAAGGUGGAUUUGAGGUCUCUAUACCAGAUGAGCCGGGCAUGCAGCGCGUUCUCUAUAUGCUGCAGGUGGAUAACAGCUGCCCAGCCUUAUUAGACUAUAUAACCUUAGCCAGGAACAGCAGUUGGAUUAGUAGGCAGAGUGCUAGCCUUAAGAAUAACGACAAGUUACAAAUUGCUUUGCUGGUGCAGUAUAAUGAUAUUAUCUAUGAGAAAAGCGAAACACGAGUUAUACUUAAUACACGUCUGCUGACCACACGGAACGAGGAUUCACAUAGCAUCAGUUACCCUAGCAGCCAGGACGUGUGUGAAGCAGAGCUGGCGCCAAGCUUUAAACAAUCGAAGAGUUGUGAUCUCUCCCAGAGCACUGUUAGCAGCAGUCGCAGCACCUGCCGUGGAGAACUACUGUUUGAGGAUAAUUUCAACACAGCCCAACUGAAUCGUAGUGUAUGGAAACAUGAUGUACGUCAGCGCAUGUACCACGUCGAGGAGGAGCUGGUGGCCUUUGAUGAUGCGCCACGUAAUUCAUACGUAAGGGAGGGACAUUUACAUAUUGUACCGGUGGUGGCCAGCGAAGUUACACAGGGCGGGUAUAAUCUUGGUGAUCGCUGCACGGCUAUAGAUAGUCCCCAGCUCGAAUGCAGCAUUGCAAAGGGUAGCUUUUACAAAAUUAAACCUCCAGUGUACUCUGCUCAACUGCACACACGUGAGUCCUUCAGCUUCAAAUAUGGAAAGAUUGUGGUACGCGCCAAGCUACCGAAAGGAGACUGGCUUUUUCCAUAUAUAAUGCUGCAACCAAUAUCGACACAUGCGGAAACACAUUACGCCAAUCAACUGCGCAUUGCAUAUGCACGUGGGAACGUGGACUUACGUAGCAUACAGCAAACGGAUAUAUCAGGCAAUCUCUUAUAUGGUGGCAUGAUAGUUUGGCAUCAAGGGCAAGCUGUGCAGUUCCUAAAAAAUCAUCUGAGCACUACACACUAUGGAGAUGACUUCCAUAACUACACUAUGAUCUGGCAGCGGGACAAAUUAACUUUGAUGGUUGACGAAACGGUUUACGGCGAAUUGUAUGAUGGCCUACCAUUCUUUGAUGAGAAGUGUUUUAUCGUUUUUGGUGUAACGGUGGGUGGUUUUCUCAACUUUGAUGAUGACAUUGUGCCUAAGGAUGUAAGACCUUAUAGAAAUCGUGAGCCGCGUGCAGCUCUUUCCUUUUGGACUCAGCGCGAUAAAUGGGCUCCAACUUGGGGCAAGCACAGUGCCAUGAUCAUAGACUAUGUGCGUGUGUAUGCCGAAUAAUAAUUGUAUCAAGUAUAAAAGUUAAAAAUAUAUCUUUU